AGCUGAGAAGUCCCGGCCUCAUUCAGGGGGGGAAAAAAAAGACCUCUCCUUCCCUACUUACUUCUGAUAUAUAUACACACACCUUCCCACCCCUUAUAUAUGGUUAUGCAUGAUCGGAUGAGCCUUUCAAAAGAAUACAUUUUAGGUCAUCAACUGGGCGGCAUGCGGGUGCUUUCAUUCGCCUCCUCACCAUCCAUCUCUUCACCGAGCUCCUCCCCAGAUGACUCUCCAAGGACCCCGAUCCACUCUUCUGGAAUUCCGUUUUCCUGGGAACACCUUCCCGGAAUCCCCAAAAAGCAAAUACCGACAGCAACAGCGAUGAAUAAGGAGGAUUCCUCUUCUUCGCGGCAGGUGGUGCCACUGAGUCUCUUCCUCCCACUGCCUCCAUCUGCUGCCUCAUCAAAAUCCCCAACCGUCAACCUUAGGAAGAAGAGUAGUCUAAUAAUAGGAAGGUCCCAGCUGAGGGAUCCUUUCGCUGUUGCUCUUGUCGAGUGCUCCAAAGAUGAUGAUAUCAUCAGCGAUGCCUCCUGUAGAGGAGGAGGGGCUGGUUUCUGGAUUGGAGCUAGGCUGUCAAGGAGCAUCAGUGAUCGAUUUGGAUUCGCGAGUGCCUUCACUACUUCUUGCAAACGAAGCUGUGUAGUUGCCCAAUCAAUAAUUCACCUCCCGAGCACGGGAGGAGACCCAGGUCGAUCCCACUUCCGCUGAUCAUGUUUCAGUACUACGUACAGCAAUUAAUCAUUUUUGGUUCGGAUCGCCAUCGGUGAAAAGCGCCAAUUAGGACAACUGGAUCAGUCGGAAGCCUUUCUUAAUUAAUGGAAGGUCUGUUUCUGAAUUUACUUUCUUGUUCUAAGUACAUCUAGCUAGCUAGCUAGCUCCAGGUUGCCAUCGGUCCUCUUAUCGUUAUAAUGUUCCUUCACUUAAUUUCUUCUUAAUAAGUCAAUGUUAGUGUGAUGCAGUUGCAGAUCAGGUCAGCUUGUAUGUAUUCAAGUCGGUCCCUAUUACAUAUAAUUUAGGAAGAUCCCUUCUAGUUCUGCUUAGGAUGAUGCUGUGCUAUAGCUGAGUUGGUAGUGAAAUCCAAUCACUGUUUUAAUUAAUCUUGUUAUCAUAUAUA